CUCCAAUCAGCGUUACAGCUGUCCACCAGCUCUACCGCUAUCGUCCCAUGUUUCUUUGGAGGCAUUCAGGAUGAGCCAUACCCACUUACUGCUGUUAGAGCCAUGGAUCCGUGAAAGAAGCGGAGACGGCACCAGAGAUGCAUCGCUAGCCGUCCCGAUUCCCUCUUGUCACCCAAAAGGGCCAACCACCCGCCUUUGGCUUUGAUUUCCUUUCACUGCUGUACAGUCCUCUUUGACAUUCACUCGUGAUCUUGCGCUUCUCUGCUCGGUACCCCUCAUUCGUUCGGGGUCAGCUUUUUGCUGUUUUUCUUUUUACCAGCUUUUACCAGUUGCUGUCGACGUCGCCUACAUUCGUUUUGUGAUUUCCCGCUUUUGUCCUCUUUCAAAAUGGUAUAUAAUUCCUUUGCGCGCACUUUUGCUGUGGAGAUUUCCCGUUCGCAGCGUGUCAUCCUCGCUCUUUUCGUUGCUCUUUUCGCAAGCCUUGCGGCUGCUGUGCAGCCUGUUAUUGUGAAGGGCUCCGACUUUGUCAAUAGUCAAAGUGGUGACCGAUUUGAGAUCAUUGGUGUUGCUUACCAACCUGGUGGUGCUUCUGGCUACAACCCCGGCAGUGACCCUCUGAGCGACGGAAAGGUCUGCUUGCGAGAUGCCGCUAUCAUGCAGAAUCUGGGCGUCAACACCAUCCGUGUUUACAAUGUCGACCCCACCAUCAACCACGAUGAAUGCGCCAGCAUUUUCAACUCGGUUGGAAUUUACAUGAUCCUUGACGUCAACUCACCCUUGGUCGGUCAGAGCUUGAACAGGGACCAGCCUUGGACCUCCUACUACUCUGGUUAUCUGCAGCGAGUCUUUUCUGUCAUCGAGGCUUUCAAGAACUACCCCAACACUCUGGGAUUCUUCGCCGGAAAUGAAGUCAUCAAUGACGACUCCAACGCACAGAACGUUCCUCAGUACAUUAGAGCCGUCCAAAGAGACAUGAAGAACUACAUUGCCAAGCACUGCGAUCGUGCCAUUCCCGUUGGAUACUCCGCCGCUGAUGUGCGGGAUAUUCUGCAAGACACUUGGGCCUAUCUGCAAUGUUCCAUUAGCGGUGAUGACAACAACAUGUCUCGCUCUGACUUUUUCGGUCUCAACUCAUACUCGUGGUGCGGCGGUGAUGCUACUUUCGAGAGCGCCGGUUACAAUACCCUUGUCGAGAUGUUUGCUAGCACCACUGUCCCCGUCUUCUUCUCCGAGUAUGGCUGCAACCAAGUCAAGCCUCGUGUCUUUGAUGAAGUUCAGGCCCUCUACGGACCCCAGAUGACCGUUCUCAGCGGAGGUUUGGUGUACGAGUACUCUCAGGAACCAUCCGACUACGGUCUCGUCGUCAUCAACAAUGACGGCAGUGUCAAUCUUCGCACCGACUUUGACAACCUGCAGAGCCAGUUCAACAAGCUCAACGUGACCCUCCUCGAGUCGAGCAACAACACUGCAACCGCCCUCAACCCGCCUACUUGCUCAGCGGACCUGAUCACCUCGUCCUCCUUCAGCACUGACUUCACCCUCCCCCAGGUGCCCCCGGGUGGCCAGGACCUCAUUGACAACGGCAUCCAGAACCCUAACCAGGGAAAGCUCGUCGACGUCCAGCAGACUAGCCCCAGCCAGACCGUCUAUGGUUCCAACGGAAGCAAGCUCAACAACCUUGCUAUCAGUCCCCUUCCAAGCGACCAGAGCAACCACCCCUCGGGUGAGAAGAGCAGCGGAUCUUCGAGCAGCUCCGCUGCCACUUCCUCCACCUCGAGCUCUGGCUCUAGCUCUACUUCCACCAUGUCCACGGCAACCUCGAGCACAAAGCCUACUGGCACCGCGAACUCUAACUCCAAGACCGCCACAACCUCCUCGGCUUCAGGCACUCCCAGUGCUGCUGGCGGCGAGAACGCCGCUGGCAUGAACGACGUUAAGCUCCCUGCCCUUGUCUUGGCCGCUGUUAUUGGUUUCGCCUGGUGCCUUUAGAUUGCAUCUUUCGGUCAAUGUCUAAAAACGCCUCCUUCUUGUCUUUUCAAGUUAUUCAGCGUCCGGUCGUAUAGUCCCUUUUAGUUUCACCCUCAAUCACUGGCAUGCAUGCGAGCAGGAAUGGUUUGAAAUGAACUUCUUUAGAGCGCGCUUUUCUUCGAGUACCCCCAAUUUUUUUCAGCGCCACAAGUACAAAGUGAUGAUUUCUCCGCAUAGAUAUUUUUGACCGCCAAAUUAUCUGAAUAUAUUUCUUCGUAUCAACC